UUGGGGGAGGACUGGGCCUCUUGUGCCCUGGUGGGGCCUCAGACCCCUGUCCAGCACCAGGACCUGAAGGAGACGCUGUGGAACAGAGCCCAGGUGUGAGUGACUCGAGCUUCAGGAAGACCCCAGCCCAGGCCCUGUUUGUUCCUGGUGGUUCCUGGAGAUCUGGGCUCUGCAACACGAGCUGGGGGUGGAGCUGGGCCUGCUGCCCAGCCAGCCAGCGCCUAGGGAGCCUGGAGCGAAGGGGCCUGGUGUGCACACACACAUGCCAGGCCUGCACAUGGUGCCUGGCCCGAGGAGGGGUCUGGAGUACUGCUGGGCCCCACCAGCCAGCCCCCCACCCCAUUGUCCUCCAGAGCCCCCCAAGGAAAAGUCCAGCUGGAUGAGGUCAUGGCUGCCGCAGCCCUCACAAGCCUGUCCACCAGCCCCCUCCUGCUGAGGCCCCCGACUGCAGCCUUAAGCACAGACGCCUGCUUGGAGCCCUGGCCCCCGACCCUGGGGCAGCCACCAGGCAGUUACAGCAGCAGCAGCAGUGGGGACUGGGGCUGGGACCCAGCCAGCGAGCAGUCCUGUCCAUCCUCCCCAUCACCCCCACUGCCCCCAGAGGCAGCCUUCCUGUUUGGGGAGCCUGCCCCUCAGAAGAGGAAGAGCUCGGGGCAGGUCCUGUUCCAGUGCCUGUGGAAGCGCUGUGGGAAGGUGCUGAGCACAGCCUCCGGGAUGCAGAGACACAUCCGCCUGGUGCACCUGGGGCGGCAGGCAGAGCCGGAGCAGAGUGACGAGGAGGACUUUUAUUACACGGAGCUGGGCGUUGGUCUGGAGGUGCUGACCGAUGGGCUGUCCAGCCUGACCCCGAUGUCCCCAGCCUCCCUGCUGCCCACCUGCCCUCACCUGGAGCUGCGACCCCCAGCCUUGCCCAGCCUGCUGCACCUGUUGGCCUUGCCCCCACCCCAGGUGCUGAGUCCUGCAGCGCCCCCCCAGGUGUGCCACAAUGACCACUCCUACCAGGGCUGCCUGGCAUCUACCGAGCUGCAGCCACAGCCCAGCACAGUCAGGACCGGCGUGCCAGCCGUGCCCUCUACGCUUAGUGCCAGUCUGAGGAAGCCCCGAGGUGACGCCAAGAAGUGCCGGAAGGUGUACGGCACGGAGCGCCGGGACCUGUGGUGCACGGCCUGCCGCUGGAAGAAGGCCUGCCAGCGCUUUCUGGACUGAGGGGCUCGGCCACUGGGCUCACCACCAGGUUGCAGCCCCUGGGACUAUGGUGCACGGCUGAGCCCUGCACCCGCCCACCAGGGUUCUUACAGGAAAACACACACUGCACCCCACCCCUGCCCAGGGCCUCUCUAGCCACAGGGUCUACUUUUUCAUGGGGAGGGGCGUCAGUGACCCUGGACUCCCAGUGGCGGGGGAGGUCCCACCACUCAAAGUGCCUCCGAAGAAACCAGCCUUUUCUACUAAAGCCACACAGGCCCUGGGGCGGCCGUCCUCCCUGCCUGUCCAUGGACUUGUCAAGGGUGCUGAUAGGCCCAGGUUUGAGGCCACGUGGGAGCCAGACCUGGAUGCACUUGGUGGUGGUGGGGGGGGGGUCGGGGGUCUCCCCUGUCGCAGUUAUCCUGAUGGUUCAAGGGCCCAGGGGCUGACAUUUGUACCAUGUUCUUGAAGCUCAGGUGUCUCGCGUCUGGGCAGUGUCAGGCGAGGAGAAAAAUGAAAGAUUUGGGGUUUUUCCAGAAA